AGCGCCAAAUUUGUCAGAGUGUUUUGGUAUCCGGUGAGUGUUUGUCCCGGAAAAAAUAUCGCUUUUAACGUGGAUUUGUAGCAUUUUUAACAAUGGCAGAUGAUGAUCUUAAUGCCAUUCGUGCCCAGAGAUUGGCCGAGAUGCAGAAGCAAUAUGGUGGUUCAGAGCAGAAGCAACAAGGUGAGGCACAGGAAGAGCGUCGUCGUCAAGAGGAGGACAUGAAGAACUCCAUUCUAGCUCAGAUUUUGGAUCAAGCAGCCAGAGCUCGAUUAAACACCUUAAAGUUGAGCAAGCCAGAAAAGGCUCAAAUGGUCGAGCAGAUGAUCAUAAGAAUGGCUCAAAUGGGUCAAAUUCCUGGGAAACUAGAUGAUGCUCAACUUGUCCAGUUGCUUGAGAGUGUAAAUAGGCAAAUGCCUCGCAGUACAUCCGCCGUGAAGUUCGACAGAAGACGCGCAGCCCUCGAUUCUGACGAUGAGGAUUAUGGUUUAUAAAAAUCAUCCGGAAGCACAGCCUGCUAAUAUUCUGCAUCAAAAACGCUUGGACACCAUCCGGCAAAUCACAAAGACUCACUCAUUUAUCUCGAGGGUAAUUUAUUGUGUCUGCCAGAAUGAAUUAAAUUGUCGCAUAAUUUUUACAAAUUGCA